AUGCUGGCACAGCUACAAGAAAUGAGAUUCUUUGACACACGUGAGAAUCGUCAAGCACUGACAGCCACUGCAGAGGAAGAAGAGCAAUGUAUUUGCAAACUUGCAGUUUUUAAGGUGCCUUCUAUUUUUGAAGAUACACAUCUUGCACCUCCAAAAAAAACGUCUUCAUCCUCUUUUAAAGACAACAGCGAUCGGCAGCACCCAACGCAAGAUCCUGCUAUUCUUCUUCCAUCGACAACAGCUACGGUGCAAUGCCUCCCUCUUUAUUCUUCUUCCAUCGCUAUUUCUCUUCAAUCACAGCCGCAUCCCACAUCGACAUCUCCACAACGAGCCGUCAUCUCUCUUGUUGGACACAAAAUCGUCAAACAGGUAAAGAUAUGA